AUGGCGACGCCGGCGACCGCUGCCUGGCGCCUCGAGAUCUCGGAAGAGAUGCGCAAGACGAUGAUCACGGAGAUGUACCACGAGCUCCUGCGCAUCUCGGGCGAGAACGACAAGCAGAAGGUCUGGCGCUCCGCGGCCAAGUUUGAGCUCAUGCUCUGGACGCAGUCGGAAGACAAGACAACGUACCUGACCAAGCUCCAGAAGAAGAUUGCAAGCCUCAAGAAGAAGUCGCAGACGGCGGAUGCGCCGGCGGCCGCGCCUGCCCCGGCGGCCCCGGUCGUCGCCGCGAGCCAGAUGCCCGCGGGUUUUGGCGCGCAGACCAUGCCCCAGGCCGCUGGCAUGGCCAACCCGAACGUGACGACGACCGCGGCCGCGAUCCAGUACACGCAGCAACUGCUCUUGCAGCAGCAAGCGCUCUUGAAACAGCAGCAGCAAGAGCAAGCACAGCAAGCCCAGCAAGCCGCGCAACAGCAGGCCGCCCAACAGGCCGCGCAACAGCAAGCGCAGCAAGCCGCGGCGCAAAAGCAGGCGCAGCAACAGGCGGCCGCCCAACAAGCCGCGCAACAAGCCGCCCAAGCCCAGCAAAACCGCAUCAACCUCAUGAACCUGCAAGCCGCGCAACAGGCGGCGGCGGCGGCGGCAGCGUCGACCGCGGCCCAAAACAACCUGGCCGCGACCCCGGCAGCGAACGCAGCGACCACGGCCGCGGGCCUCGCCGCCGGCGCGCUCCAGCAGCAGCCGACGGAGCACAAGGCCAAGCAGGCGCAGCUCCUCCGCACGCAGCAGCAGCAGUUUAUCGCGCAGAAGCAGGCGCUGGCGAAUGCCCCGGCCGCGGCGCCGGUGGCCGUGCCCGCUACGACCCCGGCCACUGCGACGCUCAAGCCCGGCAUCUCGCUCGCACCCAACGCCCAAGUGACGGCCCAGCAAGCUGCGCAGGCCCAAAACGCACAGGCGCUGCAGCGUGCACAGCUGCGGCAACAACAACAACAACAACAGCAGCAGCAGCAGCAGCAGCAGCAGCAAGCGACACCGUCGCCGCUGGUGGCGCCGACGGCUCCGUCGGCGUCGACCGACAACCUCUCGUACGCCGAGAAGCUGCGGCAGAUGAAGACCAAGUACUGGGACGAUCUCGUCGUGGUGCACACGGAGUUUACACGUAUGGCGCAGCAAAAGCCGUCCGGCGACUCGGCGCAGGCCGUGCAGCAGCAAGAGCGCAUCAAGAACUUCCUCGCCAACCUCAAGCGCAUUUUGACGCUGCUGAACCAAGACCCGAGCAAGAUGACGAGCAACAACCGGGGCGACCUGGACCGCGUCGAGCAGCACAUCAUGCGGCAGGUGAUGCCGAUCCUCCACCGGCUCAAGACGGACAAGGCCAAGAAGGAGGCGGAGGAGAAGCAGGCGGCCGAGAAGCAGCAAGCGGCUGCGCUUGUCGCCGCGCAAGCGCAGCUCCUCGAGAAGCAGCGCAUGGAGAAGCUCGAGGCCGAGCGCAAGAUGCAGCAGGCGCAGCUGGAGGAGAAGGCGCGGUUGCAGAAGCAGCAGCUCGAAGACAAGAUGAAGCUCGAAGCGGCCGAGAAGCAGCGCCAACUCGAAGAGAAGGCGCGGCAGCUGCAGGUGGCCCAGGAAGCCAAGCGCAAGGAACUGGAGCUGCAGCGGCAGAAGGAGCUCGUCAAGGCCGAGGCCGCCAAGCCCGCACCGGCCGUCAAGGGCAAGCCUGCAGUGGUCGCCAAGCCGGGGCUCAUCAUGGUGACGGAGGCCCAGCGCAAGAUCCAAGAGGAGAUGUACAAGGUGCGCAGCCAGCACCAAGUCCUCUUGCAGCAGAAGGCCAUGGCCAAGACGCUGCCCGAGCAGCAAAAGGUCACCAAGGAGAUCCAAGGUCUCCAGCUCAAGAUGAACCAAUUGCACCAGCAGUUUCUGCAGUCCAAGGUCGCGGAGGAGGCCAAGCCCAAGGUCGAGCCGCCGGUUGUGCCCGAGCCCGUCGUGGCCGCCGACGGCUUUGUGUCGGUCGUCAAGGCCGGGACCGGCAUGACGGCCGCCGAGUCGCUCCUCGCGGCGAUUGCCACGUACGCGAAGGAGAAGCCCAGCGUCCUCCACGACGCCGCGCCCAAGUUUCUCGACAUUAGCCUCGCGAUCGGCGCCAAGCUCACCACCACGUUUGUCUAA